CAACAGCAUAGAAUGCAUACGUGUUCCGAAUAUUAAAUUUUCAUUUUCAUAUAUGGAGCGUUUGAAGUUAAUUUAAUUCUUUAAGUGCAUGGGAUUAAAAAAACUUGGGUUUCCGCCACUCCUGACAAGUUUGUUACUGAAUGAGGGAAUAAAAGUGUUGCAUGUGUGACUUUCUGUGAGCAAUUUUAUUUGGUUAAUCGAGUGGAGGAACAUUUUUAAUGGAUACAAGUGUUUAUUGCAUUUUAACUCGGAUAAAUCCAACGGCGAACUGAAGUUGCGGAAUUAAAUAUGGAUACUAUAGGAGAUAUUUCAAGACAGGAGUUAGAUAUUGGAGGAAUUCAAAAUAUAGUUAGUGUGGAAUUAGUACAACAUCAGAAGGUCCAACUACAGCUUGAAUCUGAUGAUGCAAGGGAGACAAUUAAGGCAGAGUUAUUUACAAGUGACUGUACAGAUAGCCUCCCUUGUGCUAGACUUGCACACACUGUACUGCACACAGACUCCCAAUCUUACGUCACAUUCACUGUGCAUCCAGGAGACCAAGACCAAAGGUUUAUCUUUGUCACUCUGGUGCUUGUUUCCAUGUUGUCAUGCAUCUUGCUCACCUGGAUAAUCAGGAAGUGGAUGAAAUGGAAAUACAGGCAACAAGAGCAUACAGAAAAAAUCAAGACCAAAGAAAAAUUGUCCAGUGCCAAAGAAAUAGAUGUAGAUUCCAAAGAAUUCCAACAUAGUCAGAAUGUCCCAAGCCAAGCAGAUGAAACAUUUCCAGAGUCAAGCUUCACUGUGACAAUGAUCAGAAAACUGCAAGCUUCUGACAGAGCUCCCUGGAUCCUAUACACUUCAGUAUUGAUUUUUAUGUGUAUACUUGUUAUGGUGGUGAUGUUUGGGGGUCCAGGAUUUCAGCACAGUAGUAACAUACCAGUUCUCAAGUUGACCUUUCCGGGUGACAAGCAUAUAAUUAGAAUCACACCAAACUUAGCAUUUGUCUUGAUAAUAAAUAGUGCCAUUGAAAAUAGUGGCAUUGAGGGUGUUGGUUUUAACACAGUUCAGAAUCUUCGUAGAGAAUAUGAGCGUCUCCACAAGCGACACAUGAAACAGAAGAAAGAGUCAGAGAAGGAUAGAGAGAAAUCCAUGGUGGAAAUACAAGAUGGAAUGAAGGAAGUACAAAGACUGGUGAAGAAAGUUGAGGACUACAGACAGAGGUCACGGGACUGGGAGAUUGACAGACGAGCCUUACAGAAACAGAUAGAAACAUUAGAGGCUCAACGGAAAGCUAUAGCUGAUAAAUGUGAAUUUGUGCAGGGUGAGUUUAAUGAAUUGGAAACACAACGUCAGUCUUUAAUGGAAAAAUGUGAACGUGUGAAGCAACAAGCACAGACGUAUCAAACACAGCUUGAUAAAAGGCGGGAAAUUUUGGAUAGCACAGAAUUUAGUCUCAACUCACAAAUUGCACAGCUAGAAGCAAAACUUAGUUCCACUGCUGAAUCACUUAAUAUGCAGAAUUCCAAGGUUGACAAGUUGAAAGUGUCUUUAGAUGAGGCAAUGACAUCACAUAAGAAAGCAAUGGAUGACAAUGAACGAUUGCUGAAUGAGUUAAAGAAAGCCAACAGUCAAGUUAGGAAACUGGAAGAAUUGAAUUCAGAGUUUCAAGCAGAACUCCGAGCCCGUGAUGACUUUUUACGGAUGUCAGAGGAGGACAGUAAACAACAUGCCAAAGAUAUUGCCUUACUGAACAAACAGAUAGCAGAAAAAGAUGAUGUCAUUAAGAGCCUGAGUGAUACAAAAAGUAGGUCGGAGGAUGAACAAAUUUCCAUGCUACGUAAAAAUCUGUCAGAAAGUGAAGAUCAAGCAAGGUUGAGUAAACGGAAUGAGGAGUUACUGUCCCAGGAGAAUCAUCAGUUAAGUGAAGAAUUGAACAUGAAGAGAGAGGAUUGUGAUAGCAUCAGUAGAAAACUUGAUCAGAAGCAGAUACGUCGGGAUAUGGUGACAGUGAAAUCUGACGUACUGAGGUUGGAGGAUGAAUUAUCUCAAGUUAAGGCCCAGUUGACUCAGGCCCAGGCCAAGUUGAGUUCAUUAAGUGCAAGUCAUGAAUCAGAAUUGAAUGGGAUGAAAGAUCAGCUAACAAGGGUUACAGAAGAAUUACACACUAACACCAGUAGUGUUUUUGGACUGAAAGAAAAAUCCGGAGAAUUGGAGAGAAAACUGAAAACAGAAGCUGAGGAGGUGAAGAAAAGAGAUGCUGAACUCAAGGUUGCCAAUGCUCAGAUAGAUGCUCUAAGACUGGAGAACAGACACUUACGACAGACAAUUAUACAGCAGACACAGGUCAACCUCGACCACACUGAGACAGAGACACAGCUCCGUGAUAUACAGGAGCAGUACCAGAACAAAAUGAAAACUUUAGAGCAAGAGAAUUUGUCAUUGAAAGAUGAGGUGAGUGUGUUACAGCAAGAAGUUUCCACUAUGGAGGACCAGUACGAUCAACAGUUACAGCGCACGAUGCACGAGACGGAACUGUCGCACGCUGAGGAAAUGACUCGGGAACAAAGGAGAAUACACGAGAUAGAGGAAGAUUCUGAUAGACGUGUUAGCAUGCUACAGGAUAGACUGGACUCGACAAUAAACAGAUACGAGGAACAGUUACAGUUACUAAGGCGACAGAAAGCACGGCUUGAAGAUGAUCUUGAAGUAGAACGAAGAGCAGGCUCUUCUUUCCGUCGAGACAAUAUAGUUAUAGAGGAAGAUGAUGAUGGGGUUGUGUAUAUAAAUGAAGAUAUGUCCCUGGCUGACUCGGAAAAUGAACUGAUGUAUGAGAUGCCAGCUAUAGGAGAGUCAGCAUCAGAAAAGUUUUUAGUACAAGAGCAUGCACGUACGCGGCAACUAGAGAGUAUUAUAGACAGUCACAUAGAAUCUCUGAAGUCUAACUCGGAAACUGCCAUCAAAAAACACAAACGGUAGCAGGCAUGCUUACACUGUACAGUGUAGACGAGCAAUGAACAUAUUCUGUGAUAUCUAUAUUUAAAACGGGAUUUUUUUUUUGGAUGAAUUUCUGUGCUUAUAUCCCAGUUAUGUGUGACAGACUUUGUCUUACAAUGUAACUGGUCUGAACUAAAGAUUUUACAGGACUGAUGUGUAUGCAAUACAGUUCAUUUGAUAUAUUCUGUAGAAAUGUGGCAUUUGAAUAUUUUCUGUCAGCAGAUUGACUUUUGUGCUUAUACAAAUGUACUAGUUUUUGACUUUAGAAUGAUGUGCUAUAAAACUGUCAGACAAUCAGUUACAUAGUUAUAUAUGUUGUUAAUAUAGAUAACAAUAAGGUGUCAUUUAGUGUUGCCUUGUAAGUACCAGAUAUUAGUACAUGUAUGUGCUAAGGUUUUAUAAAAGACACUCAGCUUUUGUUGAGAACUAAAAGUUUUUUGCCAUUUUUCUGCAUUUAUUGAGUAGUUAAGUAUAUAUAUAUAUAUGUUGAAAUAUAUAUUUAAGAGACUAGCUGUUGUUUAAAAGGAUGUACAAAGAUAAGCUCAUACAUUUUUUGCAUUUAUUUAUUUUUAUGUAAUUAAAGGGGCAUAAUGCCUUGCGUAAAUGUGCUGCACAAAUAGAAAGAUAAAUACAUGUAGAUAUCCAGAAUUAUGAGGGUAAACAGAAAUUUUGAUUAUGUUAUUUUUCUUGAUAUCUUUUGUUCCAGUUUUCUCAGAAUUUUCUCUUAUAUUUUGAACAUUAACCAGAAUAUUAAGCAUUUUGUUAGUUAUCUCUCUUGUUUUAAUUACCUACCUGUAUUUGCAUUGUGAAAUUUCUCUAAAAUUUUUUAAAUAAGCCUUAUUACUGUGAAAGAAGUUGAAAGAAUUACUGUGAAAUCAUUUAAUUUGCCAUAAAAUUCCCAGUUCAAACCAAAAUGGACAUGGAUUCUUAUAGAACACAUUUUAAAUAAAGCAAAAGUAAAGCUGAAUUUCCUUUAAUUUUGUUCAUUGUGAUUGUGUUUCAUAGAUUGGUUAAACCAUGAAAUCCUAGGAAAUAUACUUCCCAAAAUAAAAAUAAUUUCAUGGUAUGGAAUGUUGUAUUUUUACCUUUGGACAUUUGUUCUCCAUUUAUUGUAAAAAGUAGUUCUUGACCAAAUGAAUAAACUUUAUUCUGGGGCCCUUACACAUUAAUGUUUUAACUCUGAAACUUAGACUUGUACUAGCAAAUGCUUUAAAAAAAUUUCGCUGUGGCAUUGUUAAAUAAGCUAAAGUUGUAAUGAAACUGCCUGAAUGUGCAUUUUUCAACCAGAGAUACAAGUAGCUCUGAAAAAUUUCAACAUAUGGCAACUUUGUUAUUUGCUGGUCAGAGUUUCAGACUAACAUUUGUGCAUAUGGACUCUGUUUAUUUCACUGUUCAACACCUUUUAGACUGAUUGAUUAUGUGUUGCCACAAUGUUGCCGUCUAUGUUAGAGAUUACCUCAGUUUUCUCAUUUGAGUUUUUAUGUUCAGUAACUAAUUUCCUAAAUAUACAUGGAAAACAUUCAGUUAUUGUAAUCAUGUCUUGUGCAAUUCUUGUGUAUCAAAAUUACAUUCAAAACAUAAUCAGUAAUCUCUGUUUCAUACAUGUUAAGAUUUACAAGUAAGGAGAAACACAUUUUGUGUCCAUUGUUUUCAUGCCGUUCAUGUUUUUUAUUGACCAUAGUGUCACAGGGUAGUGUUAAAGUGGUAUGUCUCUAGAUUUAUAUAAAAUAUUUUGAAAUUACUUUUAUUUGUUAGUAACAGAGAAUAGAUAAUGAAGACAAAGUUUUCCACAGAGUUUAUCAUCUGAUUUACAAUGGUUCAAAAGUCAAAUGCCUUUACAUUGUUUAUCAUCUGAUUUACAAUGGUCCAAAAAUCACAUGUGAAGGAAUUUACCGGUAACCAUGAGGACAUUAGCUCAAGUGAUUAAAUACUCGACCAUCUAAAUGGUAAUGAUGGACUGUGUUAAAUCAGAUGAUAAACCAGAAGGCAGCAUUGUUGAUUCUAAUUCUAACACACACAUUAAGUUAAAACCUAAUUAUAUGAUAAAAUCACUGUCAACUUCAUUCGUCUGAGUUUUGGUGCACAGGGGGUCAUGCAGCCAUUUUAAAUCGUGUUCUCUUAUUGGUCCAUGGGUCCACUUUUGUUCACCACAGAAUAGAUAACACUUUUGUAACUGAGGAUAAUACCGUUUGUAACUUACCAAAACUUGAGCCAUGUUAGAAUUAUAAAAAUGUUUUAUAUCAGUUGAAAUUCUUGAUAGUGUUAUGUACUUCUGGAAAGAUGCCCCUUUAAACACAUACAUUUUAUCCUACAUGAUAUUAAAUGGUAUAAUCAAAACAUACUGGUGCAUGUGUUGUGAUUUGUUAUACUUUAUAUAUGUAUUAGUUACAUUGUCACUGCCAUUUCUUUGUGCUAUACCAAAUUGCUCUAAACUUGAGCCACAGGAUACACCGUCAUGUGUCUAAAUUUCACAUAGAAUCUUUGAGAAAUACAGAGUGCACAUUAAGUCAAAUGCAUUUUUCUUAUAUUUGUUUGGACUGCAACAUAUUUUUGUCCCCCCACCCUCCUCCCACCAAACACACACAUGCCAUUGUCUGUCUCUUUGUCUGUCCGAAUGCAUAUCUCAAAAAGUAUUUGACAUGGAGACAUCAAACAUCACAGGAUUGUUAUUCAGCAUGUGAAGUUGUGCACCUGGUGUUCUAAUUGGAAUUUCAAGAGCCAAACCAGAGUUAUAGGCCUUGACUUGCAUAACAGUGACAGGAGUAUGGGGCACAAGCGUUCUAUGGACAUAGAUCUUGUCUAAAUUUAAAGCUACGGCCCCUUGUGCUUUUGAGCAAACAGUAUUUUACUGUAAUCUAUAUUUGAACAUUUUUCUAUAUUUAGUAAAAUUGGCACAUCAUUUAAAUGAAAACCAAAAAGACCUUACCUACUUUUUUUGUUUUCAAACCAUCAUCUUAGAUUACUAUGUACUUGAAUACUCUUGAGUAAAGAGACUGAAUAUGGCCAACAGCACAGUAUAGUUUGUUGGAAGUUGCAUUAUUGAGUAUAUUCUAGUUAGUUUACCGACAAUUUCCUGGCAGUUACCUUUUAUGUUCAUUAGGCUAAUGGCAUUCUUUUAAUACAGCCCAACGCGUUAAAACUUGAGAAUGCCGAAAUUGCAUACGAUUGUCAUUUCUGGUCCGUUACCUUACUUUUUUGAAUGAUGUAAAAUAUUAGUGCUAUUGACUUAUAUUUAAAGUGAAGUCGAGGAAAAAACUUUGUUACCAAAAAUGUAGACCAGUAAAAAGUAGAAAAUAUAUUUGUAUGUUAUCACCUUGGUGCGAAAAAUGGAUAAAUGCUUCUUAACACCCCUUCAAAUAAUAAAUGGUACUGCCCAAAUUGAAUGAUGGAUCAGUCCAGUUUAGAAAUUUAGUGGGGUGAAGGUUAAGAAGCAUUUAGCCUGCUGUCAGCAAGUGAUUCUGUCUUUUGCGACCAGUGCAGACUGAUCAUGAUCUGUACUGUUUGCUGCUUAGUCAGUAAACUUUCAUUGAACAUCCCUUCAAAUAAUGAAUGGUACUACCCUAAUUGAAUGAUGGACCAGUCCAUUUUAAAAUUUAGUGGGGUAAAGGUUAAUGUUAAUGCAGGUGACUACUUUUUACAUUGAUGUGACAGUAUGUCAAACAAUAUCUUCUUGAUUUUAUUCGUAAAUGAUAUUUUAUUAACAGGGAUUAUCUCAUAUUCAUUCAGAUAUAUAUUGACUGUGUUAGAGUUUGCAUCAGUUUGUUUUAGACUUAGAAUCAGAAGCUUAGUUUAGUUGAAAUAUUUCAAUGGACUCGCUUGACUUGACUUGAUAAAUAGAAAUGUUAUUGUAUUUUUGUUAGCUUACAGGAACAGACAGUUAACUUGACAUGAUCAGGCCUGGCUUUGAGUCAAAAGCCUUAAGCCUGAAAACCUGCUUCCUGCUUGCUAAAGCCUGAAAUGUCCUUUUUAAACUGAGCUAUAUAGGGCCAUUCUGCUAGUAAAAAGCCUGAAAUCAGGACAAGUUGUGAAAAUUCCCAGGCCUGAAUUAUUAACUGUUAUCACUGUGUUUGUACGUGUCAGUUAAAAAACAUCCGCUGAAGUUUAGUGGUAUUGUAGCCUGCUUAGUUUGGUCAGUGGAAAGUGUAAGGCAAUGAGGGAUAAGACAACUUUAAUCACUUGUCAAACCAGAUUUGGACUUUGGGUAGAUAGUUUUGACUAUUGACUGGCAAGUCAUUCAAUACUUGUAAAAUAUGAAAAGUUAUUUCUGUCAUAUACCAGUAAUAAACCCCUUAUUGGUAUGAGGUCCAAAGUUUUAUUUUGCAAGAUCCACAUAAUUAUAGACUAUACACCAUUCUUAACAACUGCAAUGGUGGUAAGAGGAUUUUUUUUUAAUUUUUGAAAUCUCUAUUAAUAAGAAAUGUCAAUUUUUUCCCCAACUUGUAUUUUACCAUUGUUGAAAUAAGAAUCACUGUUUCAAAAAAAAAUUGAAAUGUUACCAAAUAUUUUGGGUAGAAAUGUUGCUUAAAUGCUACUUUUAGAUAUUAUACUGAAAGUUUCACUAGUUUUACUGCCAAUUUACAAAUGAAAGUCAAAAUUGAAGUUUUUGGUGUGUACAAUAGAAAAAUACCACAUCAGAAUCAUGUUUUUUUUUUCAAGAUUAAGGUAGUUCUGCAUGUUUGGAUCGAAAUUAUUUCUACAAUGUAGAAUUUGAUUAAACACUGAUUUUUCAAAACUUCAGAAUAUACCUAGAAAAUUAAGCAAAUAAAAAAGAUAGGGUCGUGUGCUUGAUUUUUUGCUAGACUGAUUUGAAAAAUAGGGACCUCAUGCAAUAUUUCAUAAUGAGAGUCUAUGGAAAAAUCAUAAAUUUCUUAACAUUUUCGUGAAUAGAAAUUUUUCUACAAUGUAGAUUUUGAUGAAACUUCUCACAGCUGUAAAUAAAGACAUGGCCUAUAAUUUGAUGAAAUAAAAUAUAUGGGUCCGUGUGCUUAUUUUUGAGAUAUUUGACCAUGAUUAAAGUAAACCGGACAUUUCACGCUAAUUUUAGGACGUUAUUUUGAAUUAUUUAACAUGUGAUAUGUUUUAAUAUCAUAUUUUGACUUUACAAUAUAGCAACAGUACCAUUGUAAUAAAUUUACUCACAGGUUGCAAUUAAUUCAUAAAAUGAUUUUCUGUACCGUACGCCGAAUCCAGUCUUUAUUCUACGUUUUCCGGAAAAAUGGUGUCACGCCAUCACUUCCGGUUUAUCAAACGUGCAGAACUACCUUAAUUCAAAACUAAUCUGGAUAUUUAUGAAAUUAAAAAAAGUCCCUAUUACCAAUCCCAGAUAGAUUUAGUUCAUACAGAAAGAGAAAUCAUGAAAAGAUGGAUCUAUCAGUAGUAACAAAAACCUUUUUUGCCCCUGUAUAAUAAAAGACUGUUAUAUUUAUGACUUCUAAUAAGGUACAUUAUUAAUGAAUCGUGUGAUGUAGUGAUUAAGUUUGAACAAAAAAGAAAAAGACAGAUCUGACUUAUUUAACCCUUCACAAUGAGUUCAUGUUAUUUUGUUUAUUUGAGAUUUAUGAAUUUUGCAUAAGAUCAGAUAAAGAAGUUAAUUAUUUUGAAAUUGACUUCAUUUAGAAAAAAACUCAGAUACUAAAUCCUUUUCAGAGAGUUCAAAGUAACUGUACAGUUUACAUUAUAUUGUAUACAAGAUCAGGCUAAGUAGGUAAUUGUUUUCAUAUUAACGUCUUUAGCUUUUCGUUAUUGAGAAAAACGACGAUAAGACUGAUUAUUAAUUUCUUUACAGAGAGUUCAUAGUAAUUGUUUAUUUUAGAUUAUUUACAGAAUUUUGUAUGAGAUUUGACUAAUUAGGUCAUUAUUUUUCAUAUUGACAACUUUAGUAUUUCAUUAUUGAGAAAAACAGACUAAUAAAAUACGUUUUUAUAGACAAAAGUUCUUGUUAUUAUAGAGUAGAAAGAAAGACAUAAAUGGGGAUUUUGAAACAGUCUCAAGGGGUCAUUACUUAGGAGUUCAUUAUGAGUGUAUUUCAAAGCUUUCCUUGUAUAUUACAAAUGAUAUUUAUUUUGUUGUCAGUUGAGCUGGACGGAAAUGCUGCCUAAGAGCUGUCUUUGCAUUUGUAUGAUGUCUUAAACAUUUGAAGAAAAUGUGUUAAAACAAUCAUGUUCUUACACGACUCGAUUCAUUUUCCUAUUAAAGGAAGAAGGCUGAAAAAUGUGUUUUAUUAUACAAAACAUUUUUCUGAAGUCACAGUAAUAACAUCAUAUAUUAUACCAUUUAAAACCACAUAUAAUUAUUAUUACAAGGGAACUGGCAGAAUUGUCGUAGAAACAAACUAAUGAACUUUUGUGAAACAGACACCUGAUCUACACCCAAUUAGGGUACAUUAUAGAAAAAUUAAUGUAGAUCUUGUUGCUUGCAAUUACUAGUAUUCUGAAUUUACUGUAAUAGGAUGUGAACUUAGAUACCAUGCCAGACAUAUUUUCUGAAUUUCAUUUUCAAUAAUGCAAUUUACAACCAUUAUUGAUAAGUCAGUAUUAAAGGGGCACGUGUCAUGAUGUACAUCACAGCAGUUCAGUUAAUUUUCAGAAUAGAAACAUCAACAGAAUAUCAAUAAUAAUGAAUCAGUUUAUUUAAAGAGAUGUAUUUAACAAAUAAUCAAGGCCUUCGAGUGGUUUGUCAUCUGAUUUACCAUGGUUCAGAACUCGGAUCCGUAGGAAUUGAACCACAAAGGUGUUAGCCUGAUUGGUUAAAUACUGGUUAUUGAACGAUGAGCUGUGGUAAAUUUGACGGUAAAUCACAGGAAGGUCUUGUUUUCAUUCUGACAUGCUCACUGAAACAUUUAAAUUAAUAUUAAUAUCAUGCUGGACUUCGUUUACCCAAGGAGUAAUAAACCAGACAUCAUGCUGCAAUUUGACGUCAUAAUUGACGCCAUAAUGCUCUUUUAUCGGUCCAUGUGUCAACCGUUGUUUAUCGCAGAAUAUACAACUUGAACUCCUUUUUUGUUUAACUGGAAAUCAAAUCGAGUCAUGUUAGAAUUGAAGUUAAAUUGUAACUGAUAGCUUAAUUACUUUACCCAGGAAGAGAACUUUUCAACCUGAUUUAUAGACUCACUGAAUUGAGACAUUUUUACUUAUAAUUUACAAGCAUUACCAAUCAAUAAAUAAAAAAAACUCCUUUUGGCUAAUUGAUUAGUUCAAAACCUGCAUGCGGGGCUGACAUUGAUGUAGUAAAUAUACUUCUUGUUAUUUAACUGUCUGUUCUCACUAUACCUUCCCACAAUCUUGUCUAUAACUGCAAAGAUAUUUAUAUUUCAAUGAACUUUUCACCUUAAUAUGUCUAAUAUUGCAAAGAUAUUUCAAUGAACUCUUCAUUGUGUGUCUAUGUAGGAUAUUUAUAUUUGAAUGUUGAACCCUUGGUCUUGAAUGAACUGAAAUAGCCUUAAAUGGUACUUACAGUGUCUGGUAGUUGUCAUUCUUGAUAUGUAGGUGUUAUUUACCAUUAUCAACUCUAACAGUGCAUUGUUGAAAUAUAUUAAUUAACAGAUUGUGUAUUUUGUUAUUUAUUUUUUUCUACAGAUUUUCAGUAUUAAAACAUAAACUGCACAAAA